AUUUAAAGAGCGCCACCUUGUGGUCAUCACCUAGACUUUUGGACACAUGCUCAUUUAGUCAGGUAGAAGUAUAAACUUAAGUUUCAUGUCAUUUGGACACACCGUUGUGGAGAUAUCCAACACUUCCUGUUUGGCAGGAAAUCCACAGGAAGUUGUUAUUUAAUAACGUCUUAAAUCAAUGAAAGAACUUUUGAACCUGAAUGAUCAUCCCCACGCUCUGCUGCUAGGGUCUAUUACGUUUGCGUUCCUGUAAUGUAUCCUGGUGCGAGAAGAGACUACAACUUUGAGACCAGAGGAUCCCCUGGAUCCUGCGGAACAACAGUGAGCAUAGGAGCCACGGCGCCUCCACGGACCACCCAGGAUGGGACGAGGGGGCGGCGAACGUCCAUGCCCUGUCAACCAAAAUCUAUCAUGGUUGUCCAUUCCACACCUUCGGGAGAGGACAUUCAGUCUAAGAGCUUCGUAAUAAAUGCAGACAAUGACCCAACCUUUACUCCUCCGGACAUCAUGCCAGGGAGUUUUUCCCGGCUUGCAACAGCCAAGAAACGUCAUAAGAGUACAACAGACAUUACUUAUCGGGGCCACAUGUGCUUGCCUCCACCUUCCACCCUUGGUCAAACAGACAGAGAGCAAGCCUUUUUGCACCACUGCUCACUGAGAGAGACCAACAAUGUUUCUCACUACCCCCGCCAUGCGCUCAGCGUGCCCAACAUGGGCAGCACCAGCCCCCUUGGUGCCAUUAACAACAGCCCUAUGCACAACACCCCACUCUCACCUGCACACAGCAGCAUGUCCAGCCCUGCUAGAGAGAUGGAGAGGCUGGCUAAGGCUCGGAGUAAACUCCUCGAGAGCGAGUGCAACCAAACCCCCACCAUUACUCCAGAAACCCGAGGGCAACUUCGGUAUGUCUCCAAGGAUGGGAAGUGUCGUGUCAAUCUGUGUAACAUUUCUGAGAGGGGCUGCUUCCUGUCUGAUAUCUUUACCUCUUUUGUGGACCUCCAGUACCGCUGGUUUCUAUUUGUUUUCAUGAUGUGCUACAUCACCACGUGGUUCCUGUUUGCUGGACUCUACUUCUUGAAUGCUUCCCUCAGAGGUGACCUAGGACAAGAUCCAUCACAAGGGACCACUGCAGGCGAACAUGUAGACCAAAGGCCCUGCUAUGUAGGUGUAGAUGGCCUCAUCUCAGCUCUGCUCUUCUCGGUAGAGACACAGCGCACCAUUGGUUAUGGGUCAUGGACUGUAUCUCCUGUCUGCCAUGAGGGUGUGCUGCUGGUAAUGAUGCAAUGUAUUGUUGGCUCCAUGAUCGAUGCACUCAUGGUGGGUUGCAUGUUUGUCAAAAUAUCCCGACCUAAGAAGCGGGCUGAGGCUCUUCUCUUCAGUCGCACUUGCGUUAUUGCCAACCGUGAUGACCAACUGUGCUUGAUGUUCCGUCUGGGGGACCUGAGAGAAAGUCACAUGGUGGACGCCAAGGUCCACGCGAAAUUAAUCAAGUCCCGCCAAACAGCUGAGGGUGAGUUCCUUCCACUUGAGCAGACCGAGAUUGAUCUUGGUUAUGAAACUGGGUCAGAUCGACUCUUCUUAGUGGAGCCACAAGUCAUUCAACACAAUACUGACUGCAACAGUCCACUCUGGGAGCUGGGCCUGGAGCAGCUCAGACGGCAGUUUGAGAUAAUUGUCAUCUUGGAAGGAAUUGUUGAGGCCACAGGUGAGUAAUCAAUAGUGGUAGUCAAAUAGAGACAUACCCCAGUGACAUACAGCCAAAGAAAUGGUUGCGGUUUAUCUUAAUUGCUUGCAUUGAAAAAUGUGCAUUAGAAAUCCACUGGGACUUUCUUCAGCAGUUGUUUCACAGUGCAUUGUAGGUCAUUUUGAGGUCUGAGGUUCAGGCAGAGAUUUUUUUUUUCUUGAGAAAGCAUACGUAUGUUGAAAAUUUCAGCUGUAAUUUACCACAAAG